CGAGCUCCAGACGUCGGCGGCGGCGGUGGCGCUGAGUGUUGGGCGGGCGUCCGCGUCCGGGACGCGGGAUGGAGCGCCGCGGAUUUCAGUUUUUCUGACUGUGAUAUGAAAGGAUGAUUGCUCACAAACAGAAAAAGACAAAGAAAAAACGUGUUUUGCCACCAGGCCAGCUCUCUACUGAUGCUACAACUUCUGAAAUGGGGCUCAAGUCCGUAAGUUCCAACUCCAUUUUUGAUCCGGAUUACAUCAAGGAGUUGGUGAAAGAUAUCAGGAAGUUCUCCCAUAUGUUACUGUAUUUGAAAGAAGCUAUUCUUUCAGACUGUUUUAAAGAAGUCAUUCAUAUACGUCUGGAUGAACUUCUCCGUGUUUUAAAGUCUGUAAUGAAUAAACAUCAGAACCUCAAUUCUGUUGAUCUUCAAAAUGCUGCAGAAAUCCUUACUGCAAAAGUGAAAGCUGUGAACUUCACAGAAGUUAAUGAAGAAAACAAAAACGAUCUCUUCAAAGAAGUGUUUUCUUCCAUUGAAACCUUGGCUGUUACCUUUGGGAAUAUCCUGACAAACUUCCUUAUGGGAGAUGUAGGCAAUGAUUCAUUACUGCGACUGCCUGUUUCUCGGGAAAGUAAGUCUUUUGAAAAUGUUUCUGUGGAAUCGGUGGACUCAUCCAAUGAAAAAGGAAAUUUAUCUCCUGUAGGACUAGACACCGUGCUGUUAAAGAACACUGACUCUGUAGAAUUGGCUUUGUCAUAUGCUAAAACAUGGUCAAAAUAUACCAAGAACAUAGUUUCAUGGGUUGAAAAAAAGCUUAACUUGGAAUUGGAGUCCACUAGAAAUAUUGUCAAGUUGGCAGAGGCAACUAGAACUAACAUUGGACUGCAAGAGUUUAUGCCACUGCAGUCUCUCUUUACCAACGCUCUUCUUAAUGAUAUAGAGAGCAGUCACCUUUUACAACAAACAAUUGGAGCUCUCCAAGCCAACAAAUUUGUGCAGCCUCUACUUGGGAGGAAAAAUGAAAUGGAAAAACAAAGGAAAGAAAUAAAAGAACUUUGGAAACAGGAACAAAAUAAAAUGCUUGAAACAGAGACUGCUCUUAAAAAGGCAAAACUGUUAUGCAUGCAACGUCAAGAUGAGUAUGAAAGAGCAAAAUCUUCCAUGUUUCGAGCAGAAGAGGAGCAUCUGUGCUCAAGUGGUGGAUUAGUAAAAAAUCUCAACAAGCAGCUAGAAAAAAAACGAAGGCUGGAGGAGGAGGCUCUUCAAAAAGUAGAAGAAGCGAAUGAACUCUAUAAAGUUUGUGUGACAAAUGUUGAAGAAAGACGAAAUGAUCUAGAAAAUACCAAAAGAGAAAUUUUAACACAACUCCGGAAACUUGUUUUCCAGUGUGAUCUUACCCUUAAAGCUGUGACAGUUAACCUCUUCCAGAUGCAGCACCUGCAGGCUGCCUCCCUCGCAAGCAGUUUGCAGUCUCUCUGUGAUAGUGCCAAACUCUAUGACCCUGGCCAAGAGUACAGCGAGUUUGUCAAGGCCACAAAUUCAGCUGAAGAAGAAAAAGUUGAUGGGAGUGUAAACAAACAGUUAACAAAUAGUCCCCACGCUUCUGGAUAUGGACCUACCGACUCUUUGGAGGAUGUUGUGCGCCUUCCUGACAGUUCUAGUAAGAUUGAAGAGGACAGAUGCUCUAACAGUGCAGAUAUAACAGGUCCUUCUUUUAUAAGGUCAUGGACAUUUGGGAUGUUUAGUGACUCUGAGAGCACUGGAGGAAGCAGCGAAUCUAGAUCUCUGGAUUCAGAAUCUAUAAGUCCAGGAGACUUUCAUCGAAAGCUUCCACGAACUCCGUCCAGUGGAACCAUGUCUUCUGCAGAUGAUCUAGAUGAAAGAGAGCCACCCUCCCCUUCAGAAGCUGGACCCAAUUCCCUUGGAACGUUUAAGAAAACAUUGAUGUCAAAGGCAGCUCUCACUCACAAGUUUCGUAAAUUGAGAUCUCCCACGAAAUGUAGGGAUUGUGAAGGCAUCGUAGUAUUCCAAGGUGUUGAAUGCGAAGAGUGUCUCCUUGUUUGUCACCGAAAGUGUUUGGAAAAUUUAGUAAUCAUUUGUGGUCAUCAGAAACUUCUGGGGAAAAUACACUUAUUUGGAGCAGAAUUCACACAACUUGCAAGAAAGGAACCAGAUGGCAUCCCUUUUAUACUCAAAAUAUGUGCCUCAGAGAUCGAAAAUAGAGCCUUGUGUCUACAGGGAAUUUAUCGUGUAUGUGGAAACAAAAUAAAAACUGAAAAACUGUGUCAAGCUUUGGAAAAUGGAAUGCACUUGGUAGACAUUUCAGAAUUUAGUUCACAUGACAUCUGUGACGUCCUGAAAUUAUACCUUCGACAGCUCCCAGAACCAUUUAUUUUAUUCCGAUUGUACAAGGAAUUUAUAGACCUUGCAAAAGAGAUUCAACUUGUAAACGAAGAACAAGAGACAAAAAAGGAUAGCUCUGAGGACAAAAAAUGGCCGAAUACAUGCAUAGAAAUAAACCGAAUUCUUCUAAAAAGCAAAGACCUUCUAAGACAAUUGCCAGCAUCAAAUUUUAACAGUCUUCAUUACCUCAUAGUACAUCUUAAGCGAGUCGUAGAUCAUGCAGAAGAAAACAAGAUGAACUCCAGAAACUUGGGAGUGAUAUUUGGACCAAGUCUCGUUAGGCCAAGGCCCACAACUGCGCCUGUCACCAUCUCCUCUCUUGCUGAAUAUUCAAAUCAAGCACGGUUGGUAGAGUUCCUCAUUACUUACUCGCAGAAGAUCUUCGACGGGUCCCUACAACCACAAGAUGUAGUUGUGUAUAGUACAGGUGGUGUGACACCCCAGGUUGAUCAAGGCUGUCUUCAGAAACCUCUGUUAUCACCAGAAGAAAGAGACCCAGAACAUUCCAUGAAGUCACUAUUUUUCUCUUCAAAGGAAGAUAUCCGUACUGCAGACAGUGAAAGCAGAAUUUUUGAACGAGCUAAAUCAUUUGAGGAAUCAGAACGAAAGCAAAAUGCAUUAGAAAAAUGUGAUGCAUGUCUCAUAGACAACAAAGUGCAUUUGCUUAUAGACCAAGAGCGUGAAUCAGCAUCACAAAGGAUGCAACAUGUUUGUAAAACCUCCAAGCCACUUCCUCUGAAACCCGGGAGGGAAACAAAUAGUGUUGAGAGGCAUCUUCCAAGGACCAAGAUUAGACCUGUAAGUUUGCCUGCCGAUAGACUACUUCUUCUUGGAAGCCUUCCUAAUGAGAGAAAUGGCAGAAAUAUGGGAAAUGUAAAUUCAGACAAGUUUUGCAAGAACCCUACCUUUGAAGGAGUUAAUAGAAAAGACACCCCUACUGUUGUUUGUUACAAAUUUGAUGGCUUUGACCAGCAAACUGUACAAAAAACUGGGGAGAAACAGUAUGAACAAAGCGACCUAACUGCAAAGCCUCCAAUGACUGCGCCCAGUGCAUUCCAGGACAGAGUGACGACGAGCGUCAGGAUCAGCGGGGAGCAUCCAGUCGGUGCCACCCAGCCCAGUAAGCCGUACACGGAGCCAGUCAGGUCAGCACGACAGGUGUUGGAGAGACGGUCCUCUGACUCGUGCCCUCCUGCUCCUGUCAGAGCACCCAGAACACUGCAGCCCCAGCACUGGACGACGUUUUAUAAACCACAUGCCCCCGCUGGUAGUGGGAGAGGGGAUGAGGAGAAGCCUGCAGCAGCCUCCGCAGCCGGGCCUCCUGGCACAGCUCCCGCUCCCCAGGAGCAUGCGCUGAAAUCAGUUCCAAACUCAGAAAACGGAUCAACCUGUGCCGGGCAGCCUAAAGAGAACUCUGAGGAGCGGGACCUGCCUGACGUGCAUCCACCAUGUCAGAGACCAAGGCUAAAACGAAUGCAGCAAUUUGAAGACCUUGAAGAUGAAAUCCCACAGUUUGUGUAGGGUUGUCAAAAUUCAGCUUUUCUUUUUUUGUUGUUUUGUUUUGUGGUAUUGUGUUCGUUUUGUGAAAGAAAUUUUUGACAACAGGGCCCCUUUUGUAUAGGAUUGCCAAAUGAUGAACUUUGCUUUUUGUCAUUGUACUGUGUUAUCUUGUGUUGGUUAUACUGAAUGGUAGAAUGUUUGAUAGGGCCACAUCUGUGCCUUACUGGAAUUAUCUAUAUUUUUGAAGUUGUGAAUAAAUAGGUGGACUCAUUUUUUUUUAAAGUUCAUUGAUUUUUCCCAGAAAAUGGUUCAUUUAAAUGCAUCCCUAAUAUAUGAUAUAGUUCUUAACUAAUAGGUGCAAUUGGGGAAAAACAGCUUUAUUUUUUUGAAGUGAAACUAAGUGCUUAUUUAUAAAAGGAAUGUUUCUGAAUGCAAGUGCCCGAAAGAUCUUUGGUAUGAUCGUUUUUUUCACACAAUUUUAUACUGCAUCUUUGACCAUUUGUGCUUUUACAGUAUGUAUGUAACCUUUUAUUUUUCAAUUGGCAAUUCACUUAACUUUUUAAUAUUCACAUAAUGGCCAAAAGGCUUGCAGAUCUGUAUUUAAUUGCAUUUUAAUUAAUUGCCAGAUUUUACAUGUGGUAGUCAGUUGAAUUGCACCAAGAAAAUGCACUUAAACCUGUUUCUAAAUUAUAUAGUUCAGUUACGUCUUAUUUGGCUUUAGAUGGUUUUAAUACAUUUUAUAGUUUUUCACCUCUUGACUUUGUUCUGCAUAAACUUUUGUUGUUCAACAGUUCUGAACCUUUUGGUAUUUUAUAUAAUGGUCCAAAAAAUGUUUUAAAAUUCAAUGCAUUUCCUCUUGAUAUUGUCUCGGGUUUUUUUUAAACCAUUCCUUUUGUAUAAAAUGUUUUCACUUGUGAAUAAUUUUAUGUACUUUUUCUACCUGAACUUUUAACCAUUGACAAUGUAUGUUUCAUCUGAAUCGUGCAAAGAUUUAUUUAAGUUGAUUCUAAGAGUAUAGUUCAAUAAGCCUCAUUGUUUGGAAUUUGAGAGAAGGUGUAGAUGAUUGAAUAUAUUUCAUUUAUCAAAUUCCCAUUUUUUAGAACUAGUACAAUUCUCUUAUUUUAUGGGUUUUGUCAUUUUGCCUAAAAUAGGAUAUAAAGGGACAAAAAAAUAAAAUAGCCUCUUUUGUAUGUGUGAAUUCUAUUUGUAGUAUAUACUUUUAUAUGACCAUGUUAUAGCCCCUUGAUAAAAAAAUAUAUAUAUAUAACCUGUUAAA